AUCACCUUCCCAUGGUCCGAUGAACCUGUCUUUCGGAACGGAUCACCUUCCCAUGGUCCGAUGAACCUGUCUUUCGGAACGGAUCACCUUCCCAUGGUCCGAUGAACCUGUCUUUCGGAACGGAUCACCUUCCCGUGGUCCAGUGAGCCUGUCUGUUUGUCCGUAUCACCUUCCCGUGGUCCAGUGAGUCUGUCUGUCAGUCCGGAUCACCAUGGUCCAGCGAGUCUGUCUGUCAGUCCGGAUCACCAUGGUCCACCUUCCAUGGUCCAGUGAACCUGUCUGUCUGUCCGUAUCACCUUCCUAUGGUCCAGUGAACCUGUCUGUCUGUCCGUAUCACCUUCCCAUGGUCCAGUGAACCUGCCUUUCUGUUGGAAAGAGUUGCAGAACAGUUUUGGUGAACGAUCAGUUCUUUCCUCUCACAGUCAGCUGGAAUUUGAAUCCAGGAUGAUGGUCCACGGAUAAAGAUCCAAGGAGUCACGUUGCCUGGACCCAAAGUCACCCCACUUCAGUUUUUUUCAUUAACUUUUCCAAAUCCAGUGUUGAGCAUCUUGCACCUUUUCUGGCUCAUUAUGCAGUCUUAAUGUUUUUUUCAUGGUGUGCAUUCCGCAACAACAUCAUACGCAAUCAUUUUGAACACUCGUCCCAAAAAUACAGAACUGAUGUGACAUUGUACGUAGUCAGAAUGUGGACCCUGGUUAUCUUUCCACCCAGUAGAGUUUGGGAGUUCAGCCUAGUUCUGUACUACCUGUAGCCUUUCCCACGACCCCGUUCUUUUUUUUUUUUUAGUGUCAGUGGGCCAUGGUUCGUAAGAAAGGCUCUCUUAUACUGUGUGGUGCUUUACUGUUUGUUGCCUGGAAUGCUUUGCUUCUUCUUUAUCUUUGGGGUCGUCCUCCCAUUGGCCAUCUUGGAGACGGAGGUGGAGCUGAACCAGGUGGAAAGGAAGAGUGGGGUUUAAGAGGGAAGGGAGGCCAGGCCAACCUGGCCGGCGAGGUGAUCCGAUUGGCAGAGGAGGUCGAACUUCAGCUUGAGAAACAGAAGAAACUGCUGAAGCAGAUUGAAAGUCACAGAGCAGUUUGGGCUCAGCACAAAGAUGUCGGGAAAAGAGAAAUGGACGAUACAAAAGAAGCGAAGGACCAGCCUGUCAACCAGCUACCAGAUCCUCCACUUCCUGUGAAAGUCAGCCUGGAAAACAGGGACCAAAGUGAAGUAAAACAAACCCAGAGUCCCACUUCAGUAAGACAGCUGGCCACAGGAAUGAAGCAGGAGAUCACUGAGAACAGUCGCCACGAGACUUCUGUUACUAGCUCAAAAGCCAUCAUCCCCAUUUUACUCAUCGCUUGUGACAGAGUGACUGUAAGGCGGAGCUUAGAUAGACUCUUACAAUACCGCCCUUCUCCAGAACUCUAUCCAAUCAUUGUUAGCCAGGAUUGUGGCCAUGCUGAGACGGCUCGUGUCAUUGGUUCAUAUGGUGAUCAAGUGAUGCACAUCAGCCAACCAGAUCUGUCUGAUAUCCCAGUUCGGCCAGAACACAGGAAGUUCCAGGGCUACUACAAAAUUGCCAGACAUUACCGAUGGGCGCUGAACCAAGUUUUCAACGUGUUCUCCCAGUCCACUGUGGUCAUAGUCGAGGAUGACCUGGAGGUGGCACCAGAUUUUUUUGAGUAUUUCCGCGCCCUCUAUCCCAUCCUGCGUGCUGACCCCACCCUGUGGUGUGUUUCUGCAUGGAAUGACAAUGGAAAAGACGCCCUGGUGGAUCCGGCCAGAGCUGAGCUGCUCCACAGGACGGACUUCUUUCCUGGACUUGGCUGGAUGCUACUCAAAGAGAUGUGGGAUGAACUGGAACCCAAAUGGCCGUCUGCCUUCUGGGAUGACUGGAUGCGUCAGCCGGAGCAGCGUAAGGACCGCUCUUGCAUCCGGCCUGAGAUCUCCCGGACUAUAACGUUUGGCCGGAAAGGUGUCAGUUUAGGUCAGUUCUUUGACCAGUACCUACGCUAUAUUAAACUGAACACCGAGUUUGUGCCUUUUACCAAACAGGACUUGUCUUAUUUAUUGAAAGACAACUACAAUAAAAACUUUAUCAAAGAGGUUUACAGCGCCCCACUGGUGAAGAUUGAGGAGCUGCAACAAGGGGGCAGUUUACGGAGAGCUGGUCCGUACCGGGUGCAGUAUUCCAGCCGGGAAAGUUUUAAAGUCUUUGCUCGGACUCUAGGGGUAAUGGAUGAUUUAAAAUCAGGAGUUCCUCGAACAGGUUACAGGGGCGUGGUCAGUUUCCUCUACCGGGGCCGAAGGGUGUUCUUGGCUCCCCCAGAGGGCUGGACACAUUAUGAUGUUAGCUGGAGCUGAGACCCUGCUCCAGUCCGCACGGCAUGAACGGUAUUGAUGAGCGGUGAAACCCUUUGUUCAGAGGAACACCCUCUCAAACCAAAGAAUCCCGUCAGACGCUUUGAAAACAUACCGGGCUGCGCCGCAGAUGCGUACCCACAGCAAGGGUUGAUGGAGAAAUAGAAGAAAACAGGUGCUUAAUCAAGAUUGAAGAGUUCAGUUUCUCACUCAUGGUAUAGUUUCAGGAACAUUCAAAGACUUUGCUGUUAUUCCAGCUGCUGGCUUUGUGCCUUCUGGCCCAUUUGGUUGACAUGAUGCAGAUGUUUGCCGCAGCUGAAAAGCGCUUUGUUCCAAAUCUGUUAGAUGUGUUCUCUUUUUCUGUGACAUUUGAAGGAGGUUAAAAGUCAAACAUAUGCCAAGGUUGUGUUUCAUUAUAUCAAACUAAUUAAAAACAAAGUAACAAAAAUAUUUUUAAGAAUCAGGCAAACACCAAGGAACAAUACCAGAAUUAGAGUAUUGGGAUGCCCAAAGUCUUUGAAGGUCUCUUUUCACAACGCUGUAACUGAAAGGUUUGAAUCCCAGACAAACAAGAGGAGUGUGGGACGUUGGUUACCAGCGGUGCUAUGACUGGAUAACCCAGCCUGGGUGCAUAAUGUACUGAUGGUCUAAAAUGUGGGUGUUUUCCAGUUCUUUGCAGAAGAGAUUCAGUGACACUGAUGUUUUCCUGAUCACCCCAAGUUGAGAGCACAUUACACUGACGUCCAGUCCAAGGCGUCAGCUCGAGUUUGUAGUCAAGACGAUGACAACAGGAAAGCUGAUGGUGGUCAACAGUUAUCACUGUACUGUAUUUAUCCACACCGCGGUCUGAUUCCCACGUCUGUAAGGUGACGUGUAAAACCACUGCCUGAUGUUUAUAACUUUAAUACCUUAUAAAUAAAGUCAACUAUUUUGAUAUUUGAUGCUGAAGGUGUGGCUCUGUGAUUCACAGGAUAAAAUGGACACUCGUUAUAUAAUGAGAACAAAAUCUGUUUAUGAGCUACACCUUUUCCCCGCAAAGGUGCAGAAGUAUAAAAUGUUCUUGGUUUCUUGUUGUUGGUUUGUUUAUGAAAUGACCACAUUUGAAUGUUAGAGCUACAGUAUGUCUGAAAAGUCAUGAGUACCAGCGAACCAGGUGAGUUAACUGACAGGAAAUAAAUGAUGUUUACAUACUGA